UUCUCAUAAUAAUAAGAAGAGAAAGAAGUCCUAAUUUGGCCUUCUUUCUCUCCAACAUCUUCCUCUCUCUCCCUUCUAAACAUGGGUGGUUGCACUAGCAAGCCUAAAACCAUGGACAAGAAGGAAGGCGUCCUCGUCCCUACCUCUGCUCCCGUUCUUGUUGUCGAGGAGACUGCAAGGAAGGAAGCAACAUCGAAGAAGGAGAAGGAUGUGAAGGUCGAAAAUCGACAAAGAAAGUUUGAUGAUGAUGAAGCUAAUGAGAAGGUUGAGGGCAAAGCAACCGAAGAAGCAAUCGAGGACAAAAAAGAAAAGCCUAAAGAAGACGCCAAGGUUCAAGCAGCAUCGCCUGUAGCCACCACUGCCGCACCUGCGCUGCUCGAAGACAAAAAUGCCGCCGUCGAAGUAGCGCCUGUCGUGCCUAAGAAACCCACCGUCGAGGCGCCGGUAGCAGACGGAAAACCCGCCGUCGAGGCGCCGGUAGCGGCCGAGAAACCCGCCGUCGAGGCGCCGGUAGAGGCAAAGAAGCCCGCCGUCGAGGCGCCGGUAGAGGCAAUGAAGCCCGCCGUCGAGGCGCCGGUAGAGGCAAUGAAGCCCGCCGUCGAGGCGCCGGUAGAGGCAAUGAAGCCCGCCGUCGAGGCGCCGGUAGAGGCAAAGAAGCCCGCCGUCGAGGCGCCGGUAGAGGCAAAGAAGCCCGCCGUCGAGGCGCCGGUAGAGGCAAAGAAGCCCGCCGUCGAGGCGCCGGUAGAGGCAAAGAAGCCCGCCGUCGAGGCACCUGUAGAGGCAAAGAAGCCCGCCGUCGGGGCCCCGGUAGAGGCAAAGAAGCCCGCCGUCGGGGCCCCGGUAGAGGCAAAGAAGCCCGCCGUCGGGGCCCCGGUAGAGGCGGAGAAGCCCGCCGUCGGGGCCCCGGUAGAGGCGGAGAAGCCCGCCGUCGAGACACCAGUAGAGGCGGAGAAGCCCGCCGUCGAGACACCAGUAGAGGCGGAGAAGCCCGCCGUCGAGACACCAGUAGAGGCGGAGAAACCCGUCGUCGAGACACCAGUAGAGGCGGAGAAACCCGUCGUCGAGACACCAGUAGAGGCGGAGAAACCCACGAUUAAGGUACCGGGAGAGGCAAAGGAACCAAGCGUUGAGGCGGCAGCGGCAGCAUCAACAGCAGUGGCAGCGGAUCAUAAACAUUAGCAGGAAAAACACAAUGAAUAUUAUUGGCAUAUGUAACAUUUAAUUCAUUUCAUUUAGAAAAUUAUUAACGGNAAUGGCAAUGCUUAUAAUUCUUUUAUUCCAUAACUUCCAUCCCACUAGUUUUUUCCCCCAAAUUAAAUUUUAUUUAUUUAAUUUUUUGCCACGUGGCCGAUAUUUAACUGGUGAUUCCGAGAACUUCAUUCAUAAACAUCAUUUCUUGUAUCGUAUGCGCAGAAACGAACGAACCGAAAGAUAAGAUCUGAAACAGGGGCGGCGAUGAAGAAAUCUACGGCGGCGACAACGGUGGCGAUCCUGUGCUUCAUCCUACUCUCUGCGGCGGCGAUGACGGUUUCAGCCGACGCCGCAGACUGCAUCGACGGCUGCUUCACCGCCUGUGUCCAGAAAGACACGAGGCUGAUGCAGCGUUGUGAGGGCAAGUGCAGGAUUAAAUGCGGUCCAGGUACUAAAUUUGAAGGCGAAGAUAUUAUUACUUAAAAGCAACUCGUUUCUUAAUAAUCAUUGUCGUGUUUGAAUUGUUGUGUGUUUCUAUUUAGUAUGCUUUAAAUUUGGUUUGAUAACUAUUUGUUUUUUUUUUAGCGUUUA